AUGCCGUCCCUAGGUGAGCGGAAGCUGAAGGCUAGCCCAUUCUUAACUGACACCGCCCGCGAUGGCCUGGAAUCUGUGGGGAGGACCGAGAUAGGCGGCGGGGAGGAAGAGAAGACUAGUCAGCCCGCGCCGGAAGCCGAAGAUCCUAUCAUUGUCGAUUGGGACGGUCCUGCAGAUCGUGCGAACCCCCGAAACUGGACGAGGGGAGCCAAACUAAUGCAUGUCCUUCUCGUCAGCUCCUUUACACUAUACUCGAACCUGGCCGCAGUUAUGUUCGCUCCUGGAGCCCAAAUCCUCGUCACCAAAUUUGGCAUUACCAGCAGCAUCGUUGCUUCCCUAACCGUCAGCAUUUACAUCCUAGGAUUUGCUGUCGGCCCCCUUGUCCUUGCCUCCAUGUCAGAGACCUACGGUCGGCUAAUGAUCUACCACAUUUGCAAUGCGGUGUAUAUGGCCUUCACCAUCGGCUGUGCACUAAGCACCGAUACGGCCAUGUUUCUAGUAUUUCGCUUCAUCUGUGGGUGUGCCGCUUCCUCCCCGCUGUCCAUAGGAGGGGGGACCAUUGCGGACCUGCAUACCGAGGCUGAGCGUGGAAAGGCGAUGGCAUUAUUUGGCCUCGGUCCACUUCUAGGUCCGGUAAUCGGUCCCGUGGUGGGCGGAUUUGUCACGGAGAAUCUCGGCUGGCGCUGGACUUUCUGGUUGAUUUUGAUUCUGUCGGGCGUCGUGUCUCUGCUCGCUAUCGUGUUGAUGCGGGAGACUUACGAGCCCGUUCUCCUCGAGCGCAAGGCUGUCCAAUUAUGCAAGGUGACGGGGAACGGCAACAUCCGGGCUCGGACCUACAACAAAGACCUUACUCCACCGCAGCUCCUGACACGCGCGAUCAUACGCCCAACCAAGAUGCUCCUCUUCUCGCCCAUCGUCCUCUUACUCUCUAUUUACUGUGCGUUCAUGUUUGGCCUCAUUUACCUCCUGUUCACUACCUUCCCCGCCGUGUUUGAAGAGACGUACGGCUUCGGUCCCAGCAUCGCAGGGCUUGCAUACCUCGGACUCGGACUAGGUAUGAUAUUUAGCAUUGGCCUCUUUUCCGUACUGAGCGACAAGCUCCUUCACCAGCCAAGGGGAGGAACUAUUGGACGGCCUGAGCUUCGAUUUCUCCUAAUGAUGUGGUCGUCUCCGAUGGUCCCUAUCGGCUUCUUUUGGUACGGGUGGAGCGCCAAGUACGAGGUUCAUUGGAUCGUCCCCAUCUUAGGUACCUUUUUUAUAGGCCUCAGCUCCUUCUUUAUUAUGAUGCCGGCGCAGAUCUACCUCGUGGACGCCUUUGGGUCCGAGGCGGCGGCUUCUGCUCUGGCUGGGAACAUCGUCUUUCGUAGCCUAUUCGGGGCAUUGUUGCCUCUUGCGGGCCCCCAUUUAUACACGGCUUUGGGACUUGGCUGGGGAAAUAGUUUGCUAGCUUUUAUUGCUCUAGCGUUUGUGCCCAUUCCUUUCUUCUUCUACAAGUACGGGGAGCACUUGAGAACACGGUUUCCGGUGGACUACUGA